UAAGGAAAAUAACGACGCGGGGUGACGCCCGUGUCCUCGUAAACAUAACGAGAAGAAUUUUUGAAGGGGCAUAGGUCUGCUUACUGAGGUGACUCGCCUACUUUGUGAGAUGCCUCGUGGGUCAGGACCUUCCCCGAACCCUUACCUGUGAAAAUAAAACAAACUAAGCCUUGAAGGUCAAGAACUCCACACAUGUCCCAUGUAAUACAGAGUUUACCAUGUGGUUGAACUACGGUAAUACAAGUGUUUUACAGGACUGCUGUGUGCUGAAAAUGCCACUUGAGAAGUUGAACAAUACUUUGUGAUAUAACAUUGUGAGGGCUGGUAUUGUGCACACGAAUCUGACAACAAAAAAGCUUACUAUUAGAAUGGCACGAAACACUCAAAGUCCCAGGAUGCAGUUGGGCAGGCGCAGCUCUAACCUGCUGUGUAAGUUCUCCUCUGUCUGAUCAUCACCGCUGCCUCGCGUCGCUGUCUCUCGCGGAUCCGUUAGAGGAGAAAUGGCUGCAGCACUGUCCCGUGCCCUCAAAUUACCCGGGAAGAAGGGCUCGGAGCUUGGGGAGUACGACCCUCUCACCCAAGCAGACAGCGAGGACGAGAGUGAAGAGGAUGACCUCGUGCUCAACUAUCCCCGAAAUGGCCUUGGCAGGGACGGCUGCCUCGGCACAGGCUCCUCAAAGCUGCGUGGCGGCAGAUCUGGAAGACUUGUGGGGGCCGAAGAUGAGGCGCAGGAGGACGAGGAGGAAGAGGAGGACGAGUGGAGAGAACGACUUCCCAGCAAAUCCAGGCAGGACAGAGACGACAUGAAAGGCAUGCAGUACUGGAGCCACAGGGACUCUGGCAGGGACAGGGGUGGGGAGGACAGAGGAGGGCCCGGGCCAUUGGGGGGUGCCGGGCUUGGGGUUCAUAGUACUGAUGUGGAAGAAAAGAGGAUGAGGAUGAAGAAUGCUAUCCGAAGUGCAUUUUUCCUGGUGCCUCUGGUCUGCGCCGCAUUGCUCGUGCUGCUGUGUGCUUUUCUGAUUCCGUGCCAGAAGGGAGAACUGGAAAAGAGGCCGCAGUGGGAGCGAGCACUGGGAGAUGCAGGAGGUGUCACUCCACCGGCGCUGGCGUUGUGGGAUGUUGAUGGUGAUUCAGUGGCGGAUGUGUUUCUGGGUGUUACUGAAUUGACCAAUGACACCCAUCUGACACAAGCGAACAAAAUUUACAGUGCGGUGGCUCUGUCUGCGGUCAGCGGUCAGGUGCUGUGGAAGAAAGUCAUGCGGGAGUCUGUGUUCAUCCAGUGUGGUCUGCAGUACAGCUCCCAGCCGUCCCCUGUGGUCCUCCUCAUCGGCAAAUCCAUCGUCAUGGCAGUCAAUGGCACCACAGGGAGGAACUUGUGGUCGGUCCUGCUUAAGAACAUUGAAUCCCAGGCGGUGUUACUUCCAGACCUGCAGGGCGACUCAGUCCCAGAUCUGCUCAUAGCCACCCUCCCUGCAGAUGAGACUUUGGAUCUUUCCCUGACGUUGAUCUCUGGACUGACGGGGGCGGAGCUCGGACGUCCCGUGCCCUUCAACCUCACCGGACAAGGAAAGCUGAUUGGUCCUUUGCUGCAUGAGACACAACAAGGGUCAUACUACAUCCUCUUUGGACUAGGUAAUGUAGAGGCCAUCUCUCUGCGAGAUAUCUACAUUCGUGCCACUGGUAAAAUGCCUAUAACUCAGGCACUUAUAAAGAAGGAUCCCGGGUGGGAGGUACUAAGGAAAACCAACUCCUCCUUCAUACACAUUUACAGAGGGUCUGAGCACGUAGAGUUCCUGCUCCCUCUUGUGGCCGGUUUUGGUAACAACCAAAACAGCCUGGACACUGUUUCUAACCUCAACUCCACCAGAAGUGACUGGGUGCUGGUGUACGGCUCCAGCAAACUGUCAUUGCUCAGACAGAAGGACAUACGUAAAGAAUGGACCUUCAACUCACCGUCCAUUCACAGCCAACCGGCCCCGGGACACUUCAACGAUGACGGAAUCCUGGACCUCUUCAUUCAGCAUUCAGCAAACGGCAUCAUGCAGGCGCAGGUUAUUGAUGGGGCCAAUGCGCAUCUUCUCUGGUCAGCAGAGUUUGUGUGUCCUCGUCUAGUUCUGGAAACUUCUGCAAUCUCCACCUCAACUGGCCAAUCAGCUUUCCUCUUCUGGGCCAGCGAUCCAAUCAAAGCACUGAAUGGUACCAAGACAACUGUGGCACCAGGUGUUGCUGCUGCGGAGCCACUCAUCAGAAAACUCUUCCUGUUGCACCCUGCACAUCCCACAAUCCUGCUGGAGCUCAGCAGUACCACAGACACUGCAGUCACCUCCGCAGUGAGUUACCAGGAGCGUCAGAAAGACGCCUCCUACAUCACCGUGUCCUCCCGGCCCACACCCGACUCAGAGCCUGGCGCUCAGAUAGUGAAGAGCAUGAGCCUCCGAGCUGCGAUCACCAAAGGACAGAUUGUCAGACUAGAGGAAAGCAGCAAGCCUGGGGAACCCGUUAAACCCAGCGCGUUCGAGGUCAACAAGUUCUUUAGGGGUUUGUCCUUUAAACACCAGUGAUGGUCCACCGCUGCUGCCACGCCCUACAGGAAGCAGUGCAUCUAAAGGGACUCACGUAUCAGGAUGAACUGGACACAAGUUUGUGGAUCGUUCUGCAAUAGAGACACUGAGGAUUCGUUGGAGCUGUAUAUACAUCUUGUUUGGCUCACUAAGUACAAAUUUAAUUUCUGUUACCUGAGAUUUAUUUUCUGUUAAAUAAAACAUUAAUUCUAGGUAGGUUCUGUUUGUAUCGUUAUGGUUUACAUUACGUUUGUGCAAUGAAAAUGCUUAUUUUAAUUAUUUAAGUUGCAUUUUUGGGAAGUGUUUGAUAUUUAAUUGAAUGUUUUACGAUUGUUUGGACUUGAUGGCAAGAAGAGAAACUUUGCAGUUUAUUGCCGACAGUGAAGCACAAUGAUCUCGAUGAACCAACAUGUAAAUGUGUUUACAGUAAGCAGAACUCUUAGAACUCUUCCGAGGCCAGUAUAUUCAUUUGGUGUCAUCCCGCGGACACGUGCAUUUUGUUGUCAUGAAGCCACUAAUAGUGUUCUUACCGCUCAUCACCAAGUUAGUAGUAUAGGAAGAUUGUUAAUAUUUAAUGCUGUACAGUAUUUAUUGAAUUGUUUUAACGUUUUGAUUGUUCUUGUUUCAUUUGUUGCCAGAUUGUUUUUUAUGCUUAUAUAAUCAACCAGUUUUAUUUUCUCAGAAUAUGUGGCUGCUAAAGGUUAUGGCAUUUUAAUGUAAGCUGCAACUUCACAUAUCGCAAGAGAAAGUAUGAAAAUCAAUUCUUACUGCAUCAUGUGUCCUUUAUUUCACCGUCUCAAGUUUUUGCAUUUGUGGAAAAAUUGUGCAGACAGCCGGCUAAUAAGAAUUAUUAUUAGCCAAAGAGCAGUGUGGUGUCACAGUAGCGCAGUGUGGCGUUGCAGUCCCGCAUUCAAAAUGAUCAAUCAGCAUCAAACACUGUCGACAUGUCGUUCCUCGGCCGGACAGUGUGACGGGUCUGAGCCUCUGAGCAGAUACAAGCCUUCCUGAACUUCCCUCUGCUACCAUUUAAAGUCUACACUCAAUUAAAGGGUUUUGUUUUUGA